CUUUUCUCCCAGGUCCUUGUUGUGAGUAAAAGGUCAUUUUGGAGGAAGACAACCCGAAGGAGGCACUAUGAUGGGCAGCAUCGAGGGACUUGAGAGGUUUGACAGUCCUGGGAAAGGCAGAGGUCUCCGUGUUACCAGACCCUUUAAAGUUGGAGAGUUGCUGUUUUCCAGCCCGGCGUACUCUUUUGUGCUGUCAUUAUCAGAGAGAGGCUGCUACUGCGAGUUCUGCUUUACCAGGAAAGAGGGCUUGGCAAGAUGUGGAAAGUGCAAGAAAGCCUUCUACUGCGGUGUGAAAUGCCAGAAAGGGGACUGGGCCAUGCACAAGCUGGAGUGCUCUGCAAUGACUGCAUUCGGAGAGAACUGGUGCCCGUCAGAGAUGUCCCGCCUGGUGGCCCGGAUCCUCGCCAAGAAGAAAAUGCAGAAAGAAAGAUGUGCUUCUGAGAGGAUCUUGCUCAUAGAAGAGAUCCAAUCACACGUGGAGGAUGUAGACAAUGAGAAAAGAGAGAUGACUGAGUCAGAUAUUGCCGGACUGCAUCGCUUUUUCUCCAAACAUUUGGAGUUGCCCGACCAUAAAGACCUUCUCACACUCUUCUCCCAGGUUGCCUGUAAUGGUUUCACUAUAGAGGAUGAUGAACUGUCCCACAUGGGUACUGCAAUCUACCCAGAUGUGGCACUGAUAAACCACAGCUGUCUUCCCAGUGUCAUAGUCACAUAUAAGGGGACGUCUGCUGAGGUUCGAGCAGUGAAGAACAUGAAUCCUGGAGAUGAAGUGCUCAUCAGCUACAUAGACCUCCUCUAUCCAACCGACGACCGUAACAACAGGCUGAGAGAGUUCUAUUACUUCACCUGUCAAUGCCAGGAAUGCAAAACCAAGUCCAGUGACAAGGCAAAGUUGAAAGUGCGUAAGCAGAGUGACCCCAUCGAGCAAGAGGUCAUCAGCAACAUGGUGCGCUAUGCCAGGAAAACCAUCAGAGAGUUCCGGGCCCUCAAACGCAUAAAAACCCCUAGUGAGUUGCUGGAGAUGUGUGAACAGAGCCUGGAUGAGAUGGGUGCUGUCUUUGAUGACAACAAUGUCUACAUGCUUCACAUGAUGUACCAGGCCAUGGGGGUUUGUCUCUACAUGCAAGAUCCAGAUGGAGCUAUCAGAUACGGCGAGAAGAUCAUCAAACCUUACAGCAAGCUGUAUCCACCCUACUCUUUGAAUGUGUCCUCCAUGUACCUCAAGUUGGGCAGACUGUACAUGGGGCUGGAGAGGUACUCAGUGGGCAUCAGCACUCUCAAGAAGGCAAUGGCCAUAAUGGAAGUGGCUCAUGGGAGGGAUCACCUCUACUUGACAGAGUUGCGCAAAGAGAUGACACGAAAAUGAUGAGAAAGGAAAGAAAUGAUGUUGAACACAGCUCAUCCGAAGCGACUGCAAACACUCCUUUGAUUAGGAGCUUCACAGAACUGAAGAAACAUUCUACUCUUUUUGAUACUGAAGCAAAGAUAGAGAGCAUUCAUGUUUUUUAUGCAAAGUGUUGUGCAACAAAAAUAUUUUUGGAUAUUUAACUUUUUACAACAGUGUUAUGUAUGCAAGAACCUAUUAGUUUGUUGGAUGCAGGAUACUUUUGUACCAAGCGUGCAUUUAAUGUUCAGUUAUAGGCAAAUGUGAAAGUCUGACAUUGUAAACACUGCUUUUUAUUCAUGUUGACCAUAAGGUGUUUAAUAGUUAUUUUCCAAAUUGUUUGUUUAGGCCUGUGACUGACACGUCAGCUGGGUCCUGUCAUUUAUCGGGGUCAAGUUGUUUACAUAUGUGUGUGUGUGUGUGUGUGUGUGGGGGGGGGUCAAUUCAACAAAAUCCCUGUCAGCCAAUCAGGACAGCUGCCUCACCACAAGGGGCCUAAUAAAGCUGCAGAACGGGCCUGAGUCACAAUGGCGAUUUGGGAUAGAGCACCGUCAGGGGCAUUGGGAAAAAGUGGACGGAGUACCCAGGGCCCUCAUGUGAGGAGGACCCAAAAGGAUGAUAGAAUGAAUAGCUGUGGAUGCGGGGAGGGGCCCAUAGAAAAUGCCUUUCUACAGGGGCCAGAAUUUUGUGCUAUGCCCCUGAGCACCAUGUUUGCACUAGAACUUUGUGUGAGUGCUCUGUGCUAAUUAAUGUCUCCAGUACUGAGAGAGAACCCCCUUUCCAACACAUGCAUUAUUAUUAGCUAAUGGAAAUCAUUACAAAAUUCCCAAAUAAAUGAAUUUGUGGCAACAGUC